AUGCAAAAGGUUAAUACUUCGGGCUUUAUUGAGAUCGAGUCAUCGCAUAAUCGGGCAAUCGUAUGGUAUUUCAGGAAGAACGUUGAUAACGUAACCAGUUACCGUGCGUUCCUCAAUUCGAUAGAGUCCGAAUUAAUAGCAAAAUUACGCGAGUGCGUGUGUAUUAACCCUAUUAAAUACAAUCUUAAAUUAGAGGCCACAUACGUCAUUCCUAACUUGCACAAUUCGGCUCAAAACCGCGCUUUUAAAACUUCGGCUCGUGAAUUAUACGCGCACAGCAAUGUCGAGGGUUUGGUCGAUCGUGAUUUCGCAUCGCUCCAAGCCGAAGAAGAUUCUUACGCCGGGAAGUACAGCGGGUUCACCUUAUCGUGCAUCGACGGCCUGCUCUUGGGUGUGUACGAGUAUACGCCUAUGGGGGGAUCGUCGUACUUACCGUUGCCGGAAAGUAUUCUGAGUCGGAAAGCCGUGAUUAAUCCGCAGAAUAUCGACCGGCAAUGUUUCAAGUGGGCGAUCCUCGCCAAACACGUGUCUAGCGAUCGCACACGAGUGGGCACGAAUUAUGCGAGGGAAGAACACCGAUAUGACUUUUCAGCGUUAUCGACCCCCACCCCCGUGUCGGAGAUAAAAUUAUUUGAAAAAUCGAAUCCCGGAACGAGCGUUAAUUUAUAUGGUAUAAGAAAUUGCACUAAAAAUAAUAAUAAAAAAAAAAAAUCAAGUACGCAAUCCGUCGCGUACCCGCUGCGCAUCGCGGAUGAAGAAAAGGCCGAUCAUUUCGACCUGCUACUGAUCGCCGGGAAAGACGGCUUGAAUCAUUAUGCGUACACCUCAAAUUUUUCACGACUUGCCGCCCCGCAAAAAAAUAAUCACGAGCAUCGGUUAUUUUUUUGCAAACGUUGUUUCACCAGCUUCGAGAACCGCCCUCUAAAACAUAAAUUACACGGUGAGAGGGCGUUGGCCAAGCAUCGUUUACUGUGUGGCACGCACAAACCCGUAUUACCUCUAAUGCCGAAAGAGGGAGAUACGCUGAAAUUCGAGGCGUGGCGUAAGACGGAACGGUUGCCGUUUGUAGUGUACGCAGACUUCGAAGCCUUAUUACUGAAAACGGACAGGAAACAAGGCGCGAAUACCACUGCAAUACACGAUCACCAUCCAAUGAGCUACGGGUACCAUGUUGUCGCGGCGGAGGGCAUACCGAUAGAGUUGUUUGACCAGUUCGACAUACCGAGGGCUCCUGUCAUUUUCCGCGGCUCGGCGACCGAGGACGAUGUGGCCAAGCGUUUUGUCCGCGACGUCCUCGAUGUGGCCGAUAGAAUAGCCAGAUUAUAUAAGGAAGUCAACGUGCCUAUUAUUAUGAGUGUUGAGGAUUGUCGUGUGCACGACGCCAAGAUUACGUGUGACUUGUGCAGUUGUGCGUUUAGCGAACGCAAUUGUAAAACCGCGCAUCACGAUCACUUGUCGGGACGUUUUUUAAAAACGUUGUGUAACACGUGCAACCUUAAGUUGAAAACACCAAAUUUCGUGCCGUGCUUCCUACAUAAUCUGUCGAACUACGACGCACAUUUUAUCGUGACGAAUUUAGCGAACGAAGGCGACACUAACCGAAUAUCGGUAAUCGCGAACACUGAGGAGAAAUAUAUUUCGUUUUCGAAAUAUAUAAACAACACGUUUUCCGUCAGGUUUAUAGACACGUGCCGGUUCAUGGCGUCGAGCUUGGCGCACUUGGCGGAGAACCUCUCCUCCGCGAACUUUGAUAAGUUUCGCGAAGUCGCGAAAGUUUUCGCCCCGUCGGAGAUGUCGUUGGCCACGCGAAAAGGCGUGUAUCCGUACGAAUACACGGAUUCGUGGRAUAAAUUACAAGUACCAUCGUUACCGGAAAAGUUUCUAUUCUAUAGCGCGUUGACGGAGACGCACGUGUGCGACGAAGACUACGAUCACGCGACUCGGGUUUGGAACCAUUUCGGCUGCACGUCGCUAGGCGCAUACAGCGACUUGUACCUGCAAAUCGAUGUGCUGAUCAGCGCCGACGUCUUCGAAAAUUUCAGGGAUAUAUGUAUGGCUACAUACCACCUGGACCCCGCGCAUUAUUACACUUCGCCCGGAUUCAGUUUUGAUUGCAUGCUUAAAUUCACCAAAGUUCAACUUGAACUUUUGGUGGACUUUGAGAAAGUUCUCUUCAUAGAGUCCGGUACGCGAGGCGGCCUGGUCCAGGCUAGUAAACGUCACGCGCGAGCCAACAAUCCGGAGACGCCGGGAUACAAUGCAGACGAACCAAGCACGUCCCUCAUAUACUUGGAUGCUAAUAAUUUGUAUGGUUAUGGAAUGUGUAAAUAUAUGCCGAUUAGAGAUUUUGCAUGGUACCCCGGGAACCCGGAAGUCGCGCUGGCGCAGCUGGAAUGGAUGAGCGAAACGGACGACGUGGGUAGAUUUUACGAAGUCGACGUUUCGUAUCCACAACAUCUACAUGACGCCCACAACGAUAUGCCGUUCCUACCUCACGCCAGCAUACCGCGCGGGUCUACCGUCCGAAAGUUGAUGGUCACAUUUUUGCGUAAAGAACGUUACGUGGUUCAUUAUAUGAACUUGAAACAGGCAAUGGCCCACGGCGUCGUAGUCGAAAAAACGCACCGAGUAUUGGAAUUCCGACAAUCCCCAUGGCUGGCCCCGUACAUAAAUCUCAACACCGAAUUACGCAGGCUGUCGACUAACAAAUUUGAAGAAAAGUUUUUUAAAGAUUUAAACAAUUCGGUGUUCGGUAUGUUUUUUUAUAAAUUUUCAAAACUUUUCUCAGCUUUAAACCGCUUAAGCUUUACAUCGUGA